GUUUUUGAGGCGGGGUUGGAGUAAGGGGGGGAGGUAAACAAGAUGGCGGCAGCCAAACAGCAGCUGCAAUAGCAAACCUUUUGCUAACGUUCUUACCGACACAGAGCAAGGAAACGAGGGGAACAACACAGAUAUUCAGAAGCAAGUCGGAUAUUUUGAAGCUGACGAAGGACUUAAGGGAAUGUAUGAACUCUGGUUUUCUGUCUGAUAUGAAGAAUGGACUUGAGUUUCCCCUUUUAAUCAUUUUGUUGUUAAGAAAUGCCAAAGAAGUGGUUCUGUUUCUGAUUGCAACGGAAGCCAAAUUGAGCUUUUAUAGAGAGGUCCUUGUAGGAAGAUGUCAGCAAUGAUACACUAUACAAGUGAGAUUAGGUCCUGAUAUACACAAACGCAACAAAAUAUGGUCUGAGAGUUAGUAUUUUAACCAAAAAAGUAAACCAAUCAGAAUUUUAUAGUUUUGAGAAUAGUAUGUGGGAAUGGUUGCGAUGGGAAUACUAGCUUGUAGGUUUAGACUGAGCAUUGUAUUACAAUCCAACUGAACUGUUCCGUUUACUUUUAAAGAGACUUUCCAAGGAUUGCAUUUUACUUUGCACCCCCCCCCACCUCCCCUUCCCUCCACAUCGACCACAAACCAAACUCAAAGGUUCGAGCCACAUCAUAUCAUCAGUCUUUCGAAGCUUUCCCUACACUGAAGUGAAGUAGUAUUCUAAUCCUUUUUUAAAGUUUUCCCCCGCCUCAGUAAAAUCAAGUGCCCACCGGACGCAAACUUAAAAUACAACCCAUCAUUCACCUGCAUCUAUGUUUCAGUUUGGAGUCAAUGGAUGCUUUUAGAUGCAUUUAGUUACUUUUUACCAUUCCAGCUUGGACACAAACAUCAAGUAGACAAUAUUGAAUUAUACUGUUGGAUACCAGGGGAGCAAAAAUGAGUGUGGGUGAACUCCAGCAUUUGGACUACCUGGCAGAAAAUGAACUCAUAGGCAUGGACACUUUCAUCCAUCGCAUCGACUCCACCGAAGUCAUUUACCAGCCACGCCGUAAGAGAGCUAAGCUCAUCGGCAAGUAUUUGAUGGGGGACCUCUUGGGCGAGGGUUCCUACGGCAAGGUGAAGGAGAUGCUGGACUCUGAGACGCUCUGCAGGAGGGCUGUCAAGAUCCUGAAGAAGAAGAAGCUAAGGAGGAUUCCCAACGGGGAGGCCAAUGUCAAGAAGGAAAUCCAGCUUCUACGAAGACUACGACACAAAAAUGUGAUCCAGUUGGUAGACGUGCUGUAUAAUGAAGAGAAGCAGAAAAUGUAUAUGGUGAUGGAGUACUGCGUGUGCGGCAUGCAGGAGAUGCUGGACAGCGUCCCGGAGAAGCGCUUUCCCAUGUUCCAGGCUCAUGGGUACUUCUGCCAGCUCCUCGAUGGCUUAGAAUAUUUGCACAGCCAAGGAAUCGUGCACAAAGACAUUAAACCAGGGAACCUGCUGCUGACCACAGACGGUGCACUGAAAAUCUCCGAUCUCGGUGUAGCAGAGGCGCUGCACCCCUUUGCCGAGGACGACACGUGCAGGACGAGCCAGGGCUCCCCGGCGUUCCAGCCCCCCGAGAUCGCCAACGGCCUGGACACGUUUUCAGGGUUCAAAGUGGACAUCUGGUCCGCGGGCGUCACACUAUAUAACAUUACAACGAGCCUGUAUCCGUUCGAAGGGGACAACAUCUAUAAGCUAUUUGAGAACAUUGGCAAGGGGGACUACAGUGUUCCGGAAGACUGCGGCCCCCUCCUGACAGACCUGCUGAGAGGAAUGCUUGAAUAUGACCCUGCCAAGCGGUUCUCAAUACAACACAUAAGACAGCACAAUUGGGUGCGGAAGAAACACCCCCCCUCCGAGCCCCCCGUCCCCAUCCCGCCCAGCCCGGACACCAGAGACCAGUGGCGCAGCAUGACGGUCAUGCCUUACCUGGAGGACCUGCACGGCUACGCCGAGGAGGAUGACGACGAGCUGUUCGACGGCGAGGAUGACAUCAUCUACACUCAGGACUUCACAGUGCCAGGGCAGGUCCCGGAGGAAGAGGAGGCUGAGCAGAACGGGCAGAACCAGAACCGGGGCGCCCCGAAGCCCGUGUGCGUCAACGGCACGGAGGCGGGUCAGCUCAAGUCCAAGGUGGAGCGCCGGUCCAGCUCCUCCUCCAACCCCUCCAGGAAGGGCGUGUCCACCACCAGCAAGAUCCGCAAACUCUCCACCUGCAAGCAGCAGUGACCCCGCCCCCGGCCCGGCCCCCUAGCCCAGCUCACACACUGUACUGGUCCCCCCCCUCCUCCUUUAUUUUUCCUUUUCUUAGAUUUGUUUUUGGGAUAUCCUGAGCAAGGACGAAGAGAAGAUUUGUUGUGUUUUUAUUUUUUAUUUUUAUUUUUAUUUUUUAUUCCCUAACUUAAUGGACACAUUAUUGAAAAAGGAUGCAAUACCAGGAAGUGCACUACAGAGUGGAAUUUUCUUUUUGUCUUUUCUUCAUUUUUUGUGGAUUUUGUUGAGCGGACGUGAGGGAAAGGAGAAGUGGGAUGUGGAGGCUCUGACCGGCUCAAAAUGGCCGCCGUCCCCGGCCCAUGUGCAGUGUUCUCCCUGUACCCCCCGGGACUCUUACUGUACGGAUGCCAGACCUUACCGUUUCGUUUUUUGGAGAUCUUUUUAUUUUCCAGUUACUACUUGCAGUAAAAAAAAAAAAUUAAAAAAAUAACAAAAAAAAAAAAAAAAAACCUGGAAAAAAAACCACGCACAGACACAUUGUGAUGUGUUAAAAGAAUGAUAUUGCUAAUGAUAAUUACAAUAUUGAUAAUGAUGAGGGUAAUGAUAGUUACUAUAAGACACCCAAUUAAAACUGCAUGCUGUACGGGCUAGGAGAAAGGGAAUUUUAGAGUGCGAAGGUCACCAGUUGGACUUGACCCUUUCCAUCCAGGGACGUUUUGGGUUUGGUUCCUUUCCGUUUUUAUGGUUUUAUGUACGGUUUUGUUUUAUUGUUUCUUUUUUUUUUCCAUUGAAUAUUUUUUAAAUUAUUAUUUAUAUAAAACACAUCCCAACCAGACCAGAUUUUGGUUGUCUUUUGUGAUUUUCUUUUCUUUCUUUUUUUUUUUUGUAUUUUCUUAGAGAUUCAUUAUUUGCAUCCUGUCUUUAUCCAAAGUAUAAUUUAUUUUGGAAUAGUAAAGAGUUUAACCCUUUAUACAGGGUAAAACAUACCAUGAUGUGAACCUGUUCGGUUAGCAUAUUGACUUUUUUUUUCUUCUUUUUUUUUUUCUUUUGCACGAUUACCGAACUGAAUUUCAAGUUGUGUUGCUGUUGAAAGAAUUGUGUCAUAACUAAAAGAUUAUAUCCCUCUUUA